AUGGCUGUGGUGGCGGUGCCAAACGCCCUACCACAACCAGAAGCCGACCGCUACCACCAUAGCAGCCACCACGACCGUCCGAACGACACUCCCAUCCGGCUGCGAGGCCGCCAUCCGCUCCGCGAGAAUUCUCUGGUCGACCUCCUCCCGGUCAAACGGAGCAUCCCGUUGGACGUCGGUGGCCAUGCCACCCGCAACCGUCCGCAAAUGCUCAAGAGGCAUGCCAACGCGAGGGCAUGGCGCUACGCGCGCACGCGCCGCGAGGCAAGCAUCGUCUCGCUUCCGCCGGAGCUUCUCCUGGAAAAUCCGCCGGGCCUCCUGCUGGGCAAUGACCUUCUCACGCUCAAGGCAGCACGCCUUCCGGCGACGCCGCACCGCCUCCUGCUGGGCCAGCAGCUGACGUUCCGACGCCAGACGCUCGUAAUUCUGCCGGAUGUGCUCCGCCACGAGGGCCUACGUGUCCUUGCGCUCCGGCAAGGAGGGGAGGGGCUUGACUUCGAUCUGGGCUCCGCGUCUCGCUACUGGUCGAAGUGGCAGGCUAGGGGGAGGGUCAAGGGUCUCGGUGCGACGGCGCAGUGGCACGAGGAAAGGUUAUUCUGCUGGCCAAAAGUUGCAGCGUAG